AUGGCCGUCAUAUAUCUAAUCCGCCUGAAGGCAGUGCUUCCGUUUGACGUUCCAUUCACUCUUGGUUUGCCCGACGUCAACCAAACUGAGCACAUUGAACAUUCCUUGGAACAAGAAAGAGCCUCUAAGAGUCAAACUAUCAUAUCGAAGCCAAAUUUAGAGUCAAACUCUGAGGAAAAAGCCGAAAUGUCUUCUUCCAAUCGAUCUUCAUCUGGCAAGGGGAAGAGCUCUUCCUCCGGAAAGUCAAAGCCGAAGGAAGACGAUUGGUCUGGCAUCACAGAUCCGGAAGAACGAAGGAGAGUGCAAAACAGAUUAGCCCAGAGAAAGUUCCGGGAUAAGGCCAAGGCGGACAAAGAAAGUCGGGAUCGGGACAAUGAGAAUCGUGCUCACGCCGGCCAUGCUUAUCACACAGCUGAGUCAAAUGAUGUCUACUACGACAAUCCUGACGCUAGUGGUUCGCCAUGGGGUACUCUCUCUAUGAAGCACGUCAUUUCGAAGGGUAGAGCUCGAGAGGAUGCAUCUAGAUAUGAAGCUCGGCCAGGCGAUGGGGCAAGUUACUAUCAAAACGCCGAUGUCACUUAUGAAGGAGAAGCUUAUUAUGGAGGAGAGGCAACUUCAUAUGAGGGCGACCAAAACCAAACCUACUAUGACUAUGGAAGCGCAGCUGGCAGUGGUAGUGGAACUUCUGGUUAUUGA